AUGCAGUCCUCCCCAAACAUGCUCACUAAGUUCGAGUCGAAGUCCUCCAGAGCGAAGGGAAUCGCUUUCCAUCCCAAGCGGCCAUGGAUCUUAGUAUCGCUUCACUCGUCGACUAUCCAACUAUGGGAUUAUCGCAUGGGAACCCUCAUUGACCGUUUCGAAGAACACGAUGGCCCCGUUCGAGGCAUUGACUUCCAUCCUACACAACCCCUCUUCGUGUCCGGAGGCGAUGACUACAAGAUCAAAGUUUGGAACUAUCAAACGCGGAGAUGCCUUUUCACACUCAAUGGCCAUCUCGACUAUGUGCGCACAGUGUUCUUCCAUCCCGAGCUCCCUUGGAUCCUUUCCGCGUCGGACGAUCAGACAAUCCGGAUAUGGAACUGGCAGAACCGGUCACUGAUCUGUACGAUGACGGGUCACAAUCACUAUGUGAUGUGCGCGCAAUUUCACCCAACCGAGGACUUGAUUGCCUCCGCCUCCCUAGACCAGUCUGUCCGUAUCUGGGACAUCUCGGGCCUGCGGAAGAAGCACUCCGCGCCGACGACCAUGUCGUUCGAAGACCAGAUGGCUCGGGCCAACCCCAGUCAGGCAGACAUGUUCGGAAACACCGAUGCAGUUGUGAAGUUUGUCUUGGAGGGCCACGACCGAGGAGUCAACUGGGUGUCAUUCCACCCCACUCUGCCCCUUAUCGUCUCCGCGGGUGACGACCGCCUGAUAAAGUUAUGGAGGAUGAGUGAUACCAAAGCCUGGGAAGUCGAUACAUGUCGCGGUCAUUUCCAGAAUGCCUCAGCCUGUCUGUUCCACCCUCACCAAGAUCUGAUCCUCUCCGUCGGCGAAGAUAAAACAAUCAGAGCAUGGGACUUGAAUAAGAGAACCUCGGUCCAAUCGUUCAAGCGGGAUCUGGAUCGCUUCUGGGUUAUUGCUGCUCAUCCCGAAAUCAAUCUCUUUGCCGCGGGUCACGACACUGGUGUCAUGGUUUUCAAGUUGGAGCGCGAGAGGCCAGCUUCUGCGGUUUACCAGAAUCAGUUGUUCUACAUUACCAAGGAGAAGCAUGUCAAGUCGUAUGACUUCGCCAAGAAUGUCGAAUCCCCGCCGAUGCUCUCGUUGCGUAAGCUUGGUGCUCCCUGGGUGCCUCCACGAACGGUCUCGUACAACCCCGCUGAGCGUGCUAUCCUGGUUACUUCGCCAACAGAUGGUGGCGUGUACGAGCUGAUUCACCUCCCAAGGGAUGCUACUGGUGCCGUGGAACCAACCGACGUAAAACGUGGCCAAGCUUCCUCUGCUGUCUUCGUCGCGCGCAAUCGAUUCGCUGUUUUCAACCAAGCAAACCAGCAGGUGGACAUCAAGGACUUGAGCAACUCCACUACGAAGACUAUCAAACCUCCUCCAGGCACCACCGAUAUCUACUUUGGCGGUACCGGCUGUCUACUCUUUGUCACUCCCACCACCGUCGCUCUUUUCGAUAUCCAACAAAAGAAGCAGUUGGCUGAGUUGGCUGUCAGCGGCGUCAAAUACGUUGUCUGGUCCAACGAUGGCCUUUAUGCAGCUUUGCUCAGCAAACACAAUGUGACGAUUGUCACCAAAUCCCUUGAGCAAGUAAGUAGCUUGCACGAGACGAUUCGUAUCAAGAGCGCCGCCUGGGAUGACGCUGGCGUCCUUCUCUACUCCACCUUGAACCACGUUAAGUACUCUCUUCUUAAUGGUGACAAUGGCAUUAUCCGCACCCUCGACCAGACUGUUUAUCUCGUCAAGGUCAAGGGCCGGAACGUCUACUGCUUGGACCGCAGUGCCAAGCCCAGAAUUCUGGAAAUCGAUCCUACAGAGUACCGGUUCAAGCUGGCGCUGGUUAAGAGAAACUAUGAUGAGAUGCUCCAGAUCAUCAAGACAUCUAGUCUUGUCGGUCAAAGCAUCAUCUCAUACCUGCAGAAGAAGGGCUACCCAGAGAUUGCGCUGCAGUUCGUGCAGGACCCUCAGACCCGUUUCGAGCUCGCGCUGGAGUGCGGUAACCUUGACGUUGCCGUCGAGAUGGCUAGAGAGUUGGACCGCCCCAAUCUGUGGAGCCGACUCGGCACGGAAGCUCUGGCCCAUGGCAACCACCAGGUAGUGGAGAUGGCCUACCAAAAGCAGCGGAACUUCGACAAGCUGUCGUUCCUCUACUUGGCCACUGGUGACCAGGAGAAGCUUGGACGAAUGGCCAAGAUUGCUGAACAUCGUGGUGAUUUCACUUCCCGGUUCCAGAACGCCAUCUACCGUGGCGAUGUUGAGGAUAGGAUCCAGAUGUUCAAGGAGGUCGAUCUUUAUCCUCUGGCGUAUUUGACGGCAAAGACCCAUGGGUUGACCGAAGAGGCGGAGUCCAUCCUCGAGGCUUGCGGCCUCACGGAAGACCAGAUCACUCUGCCCACGGGCGACGGGAUCCCCCAGGUUCCCCAGCCUAUCGUGCCAACUUUCAAGUCGAACUGGCCCGUCAAGGCUGCUGCCCAUUCGUCGUUCGAGAAGGCGUUGCUCGGAGAGGUUGGCGCGGAUGAUGAAGCUGCGGCUAUUGGCUUUGAAGCUGAAGAGGAAGAGGAAGAGGCUGAGACCGCCGGCGAGCACCUUGAAGAUGAGGACGAGGACGUUGCUGGAUGGGACAUGGGAGACGAGAUUAAUGUCGAGGAAGAUGUUGACUUCGUUAAUGUGGACAGCGCUGAGGCGGGUGCUGGCAGCACUGAGGCCGACCUUUGGGCUCGCAACUCCCCUCUUGCCGCUGACCACGUCGCCGCUGGCUCCUUUGACACCGCUAUGCAGCUCCUCAACCGCCAGGUUGGCGCCGUAAACUUCGCGCCUCUCAAGCCACGUUUCUUGGAAGUAUAUAAGGCCUCUAAGACUUAUCUCCCAGCAACUCCCGGCCUGCCACCCCUGGUCAACUACGUUCGCCGGACUGUUGAGGAAACUGACUCGCGCAAGGUCCUCCCCGUUAUCGCGGAGGAUCUGGAGACCAUUGCCAACGUAGACCUGCAGGAAGGCUACGCUGCGAUGAGGGCUAACAAGCUCGAGGACGGCGUGAGAAUCUUCAAGGGCAUCUUGCACUCUCUCCUCGUGAACACUGUGUCGUCUGAGGCCGAGGUUGAACAGGCGAAGAAGAUCAUCGAGACCGCUCGGGAAUACAUCCUUGCGAUGUCGAUCGAAUUGGAGCGCCGUUCUGUUGGAACCGACACCCCAGAAAACCUCAAGAGAAGCCUCGAGCUUUCUGCUUACUUCACGAUCCCCAAGCUGGAGGUUGCGCAUCGCCAGCUGGCACUGAUGGCAGCAAUGAAGCUUGCCUUUGCCAACAAGAAUUACUCCUCAGCCCUCAGCUUUGCCAACCGGAUGUUGGCGAACGGUGGCUCCCCUAAGCUCCUUGAUCAGGCAAAGAAGAUCAAGACUCAGUGCGAGCGCAGCCCGCAGGAUAAGAUUGACAUCGAGUUCGACCAUUUUGCCGAGUUCGAUAUCUGCGCUGCUUCCCAUUCACCGAUCUAUAGCGGCUCCCCAAGCGUGUCGGAUCCUUUCACCGGCGCUAAGUAUCAUGAACAGUAUAAGGGCACCGUGUGUCGGAUAUCCGACGUGACCGAGAUCGGUGCGCCGGCUAGUGGAUUAAGGUUGUACGUUCCGGGCCAACAUUAA